AUGGCAAACAGCAAGAAGGUGCAACAGGACAUUGAUCGUCUGCUGCGGCGCACACAAGACGGUAUUGAGGGUUACGAGGAGCUCUACAACAAGUUUCUCAAGGCCGCUACGCAAACGCAGAAGGAACGACUUGAGGGUGAUCUCAAGAAGGAGAUCAAGAAACUGCAGCGAUUUCGUGACGGGAUAAAGGCU